AUGACAUCGUUAACUCCUAAACCAUCUCAGGUUGAAUCUUGGGAGCGUUUACCAUCCGAUUGGCAUAAUGACGAACGUAUGGACGCGUUAUUUGCUUUUUUCAAAGAUCGCGAUUUGAAUCCUGUUCAUUACGAUGCCAAAAUGAAAUUUUGGAGUGAAACAAUCAAUGCAUUUUGUGAAGAUCACGGACUUUUACAAAUUGAUAUGCCAACGAUUGUUUCACGUUUUCGUCGAAAAGGAAAAACACCGAAAUGUUUGGAUAAAGUGUUCGAUGAAUUAGUCAAACAAAAUCGUUUGGUAUCGACAAAUGACUACACAAAUUCGCAACAAUCAUCGUGGGUGUCGUGGUCAUUUAAUAAACUAGCAAGUCCAAUUACAAGCUGGAUGUCUCCGAAAACGCCAGUCGAUCAGGAAGUUUUCAUCAUUAAAGAACUUGUCGAUAAAAAAGCUUUGCAAGUUGUCGAAGCUCUGCAAUCUCAAGUUUAUGUUCCAACAUUUGACUGCGUUGUGUCGUUUACAUCUUUCAUAAACACUUGCCGUCGAUGUGCAUUAAUCGAUGAAAAUUCGAUUAAUUUAGUUAUAUCGGCAUUGACACGAGACAAGAAGAUUCUGAUCGAUUAUAUUGGCGAUGCUAAAGAUGUGAAAGUUGUGAAGUUCGUGGCACCUGGAGCAUCUGUAGUUCGUCCAUUGACUGAGAUCGAAAACAGUGUACUUUUAUUACGUCAUUCGAAAGAACGUUUAGAAGAACAACUGAAGAAAUCGGAUGAACAAAUCGAAGGAUUACUUGCAGACAUUCGUCGUCACUUGAAGAAUAGUAAUCGUACAGCAGCAAUGAAAUUAUUACGUAAGAAGAAAUUACUUGAACGUGAACACGAGAAAAAAGAAGGAACAAUUGAACAUCUUAACUGCGUUUUGACACAAAUUGAACAAACAGAUUGUUCUUCAUUGGUUAUCAACGCUUACUCAUCAGGCGUUCAGGCACAUAAAGAACUUCUGCGUAAAAAUGGUCUUACGCCUGAUGCUGUUGACGACAUGAUUGACGAAGUACAAGAGAUGCUGGAAAAUCAAAAAGAAUUGGAUGAGGCACUCAGUCGACCCGUUGGUAAUGAAACAACCGACAUGACAGAAUUAGAAGGUGAACUGGAAGAAUUACUAAAACAACCUGUACUACCAACACCUGUACCUGCUGCUCCAAUUCCAGCACAAAAAGAAACUGUUAAUGAAGAAUACAUCAAACCACCGGAACAAGAUCCAUUCGCUGACCUCGAAUUACGUUUACAGAAACUAGGUGUACAAGAAUCAACACCUAAUAAGGUUCCCGAAAUAGCAUCAUCGAGUCAAUAA